AUGCCUUUAGAAGGAAAAGAUUUGCUGGUGAAGGACCUCUUCGAGAAGAACUCUUUGGAGUGGGAUCAAGAUAAAGUCAAGGCUCUCUUUCCCAACUUUGCAAAGGAAAUCCUCUCAAUCAAGCCUAGUAGAUUUGGAGCUCCUGACAAACAGAUUUGGUUGGCUUCGUCAGAUGGACAGUAUACUACAAAAUCUGGCUAUGCCAUUGCUAGGGAAACUAAAUGCGACUUGGAGAAGACCAAGGAGCCUGGAGACUGCAACUGGAUUGAUGAGGUUUGGGGUAUUAAGGCCUCACCAAAGGUUAAACUGUUCUUGUGGAAGACACUUGUUGGGGCUAUCCCCACGGGACUACAGCUGGUUUCAAAAGGAAUGGAGUUGGACCCGCGGUGUGUGCACUGCAAAGAGCCGGAAUCAAUUUGUCAUCUGAUCUUCAACUGCUCAUUUGCAAAACAAGUCUGGAAGCUGGCUCCUCUGGUGAGUUUGGAGGAAGUGCCAGUUUUCACAGAAGUUCAUAAGGGUUUAAGUUGGCUCAGAGAGAAAAAGGUUUUGCCACCCACUGGGCUUGUUUUUGGCCCACUUUAUCCUUGGAUUUGUUGGAAUAUUUGGCUGGCCAGGAACCAGAGAACUUUCAGCAAUAAGAGUUUAUCUGCUGUAGAAAUGUUACUUAAGGCCAUUCUCGAUGCGAGAGAAUGGCAGGAGGCUCAGGAUUCUAUCGUCCCCAGCAGCAAGUCAGGUCGAAGUCUGGCUCAGGAGACUUACUCUUGCUUUCCUUGCAGUGCAUCAGUGUCUUCGGAUGCUGCUUGGAAUCAGGCCUCUAAUGCCGCAGGUUUAAGUUGGAUCUUUGAUUCGCAGAAUAUGAGCCUUCCUCAAAGACACUCUGCAGUGUGUGAGUUUGUGUCUUCCCCUUUAAUGGCGGAAUGCUUAGCCAUCCGCUCAGCUUUAUCUUCUGCUUUGGACUUGGGGAUUCAGUUCCUUUCCCUUAAAAUUGACUGUCAAGUCCUAGCUAAAGCUAUCUCCUCCAAGAGUACUGUGGUUGAAGUGCAUGGAGUUAUCUCGGAUAUAUUCCUUUGUAUUGCCUAA